UAGUCCAUCUGUGUUCCAGUCUUUCAUAAAUGAUGUAUUCAGAGACAUGCUUAAUCAGGGCUUAAUUGUAUAUAUAGAUGACAUCCUGAUUUAUUCAGACACCCUGGAGGAACACAUCAAGCAUGUCUGGGCAGUUCUGAAGCUUCUCAUGAAACACCAAUUGUAUGCCAAAGCAGAGAAAUUUGAAUUCCACCAAACUUCAAUUUCCUUCCUCGGUUAUAUCAUCAGUCCAGAAGGGGUGUCUAUGGAUGAGGGCAAGGUACGAGCGUUUCUAAACUGGCCUCAACACACUACUGUAAAGGAACUACAACGAUUCUUAGGAUUUGCAAAUUUUUACAGAAGAUUCAUUCGAAACUUCAGCACUGUCACCGCUCCACUCACUGCCAUGACAAAGGGAGGUAAUACCAAGCUUUGCUGGUCUUCUGACGCCAUCCAAGCCUUUAAUGAAUUGAAAAGUCGCUUCACUUCUGCUCCUAUUCUGCAUCAUCCUGAUCCCAACGUACCUUUUGUGGUUGAAGUAGACACAUCAAACACUGGUAUUGGCGUUAUCUUCUCUCAAUGCCAAGGUAAUCCUCCUAAGCUUUUCCUUUGUGCAUACUACUCAUGUAAACUCUCCUCUGCUGAACAGAAUUAUGAUGUGGGCAAUCGUGAACUGUUAGCCAUAAAAGCAGCAUUCGAAGAAUGGCGACACUGGCUGGAGGGGGCCAGACAUCCAUUUCUGGUAUUAACCGAUCAUCGCAACCUCGAAUACUUGCGCUCAGCCAAAAGACUAAACCCCAGACAAGCCAGAUGGGCACUAUUUUUCACUCAUUUUAACUUUUCAAUCACUUAACAUCUAGGAUCAAAGAACAUCAAAGCUGACUCACUAUCCCAUCAAUUUGACUCCACUCCUCAGUAUCCCUCUCCAGAACCCAUCAUCUCAUCCUCUCUGAUCCUAGCUCCGGUCCAGUGGGACAUCAUGUCCGAAAUCUCCCAGACGCAUGCACAGAACCUGGCCCCUCCAGAAUGUACACCCAACCGAACAUUUGUGCCACCUACUCUACGAGAAAAGAUAAUCCGCUGGGUGAACUCCUCCACAAGCUCUGGCCAUCCAGGCAUUACUACCACAGUACGAUUGUUAAGAAAUCGGUUCUGGUGGGAGACAUUACAGGCAGACACCAGUACAUUCGUGAACACUUGUCACACUGCGCCACAGCAAAAAACCCCAGACAACUACCGGCAGGGUUGCUACAACCUCUACCCAUUCCACAACAACCUUGGUCCCACAUCGCCAUUGAUUUUGUCACCAAUCUACCCAUCUCCCAAGGUAACACCACCAUAUUAACUGUCAUUGAUUAUUUUUCUAAGGCAUGUUGACUAAUACCCCUGUCUAAGCUUCCAUCAGCCUUUGAAACCGCAGAACAUCUUUUCCAUUAUGUGUUCCGAUACUAUGGUCUUCCUGAAGACAUUGUCUCUGACCGGGGCCCUCAGUUUACAUCAAGGGUUUGGACAGCUUUCUUUUGACUACUUAAUGUCCAUAUAAGUCUCACUUCAGGUUAUCACCCCCAGUCUAAUGGCCAGACAGAACGUCUGAAUCAAGAACUCACCAAAUUCCUUCACAUGUACUGUCAACAGAAUCAAGCCGACUGGAGCCGCUUUCUUCCCUGGGCAGAAUAUGUACAGAACUCGAUCCUCAAACCCUCCACAAAAUUGACGCCCUUUCAGUGUGUCCUGGGGUUCCAACCCCCUCUAUUUCCAUGGUCUGGUGAACUGUCUGAUGUGCCUGCUGUUAACGACUGGUUUCAGCGUAGUGAGGCUGUUUGGGAUCAAGCUCAUGUCCAUGUACAGCGUGCCAUCAACAGGGGAAAGGAACAAGCAGACCGCCAUCGUCAUCCCUGUCCCAACUACGUUCCAGGACAGUGGGUGUGGCUUUCAACCCGGGACCUUCGUCUCCAUCUACCUUGCAAGAAGCUCAGUCCCAGGGUGGAGUUGGAAGGCGGUGAUGCAGGCCCCUCACCCAUGAUCAUGGAUGGUGAGGAGGCAUUCCUAGUACGAGAUCUGCUAGAUUCCAGACGUCUGGAAAGCCAGAUCCAAUAUCUGGUAGACUGGGAGGGGUACGGUCCAGAGGAGAGGUCCUGGGUCAAGGCGGAUGAUAUCCUCGACCCCAAUCUCAUCACAGAAUUUCAUAGGACUCACCCGGAGAAACCGGCCCCUCGACCUCGAGGAAGACCCCGACGUCAGAUGUGCUCUCGCGUCAGGAGCCGCUCGCAGGGGGGUGGGGGGGCUCUGUCACAAACACCAGUGAAUAUUCCUCAAUCGACCACCGGUGGUCUCACUCACCGGAAUAUUAACAUCGAACUACACUUCCCAAAUGCCCACAUGCCUGGACUGAUUACCCUACACCUGCCUCAUAUCACUCAGACUAUUUAAGCCCGAUGUGUGUGUUCAUUCAUUGUGAAGUCUUGUUUGCCCCGGCUACAUUUCUGAGCAUUAUUACUUACUCUGUUGAUCUACCCGUGUUUGACUCUGCUUUGGAUUUACCUUGUACGAUUCUCUGCUGCCUGCCUAUUACUGUGUUUGCCUGGACUAUCUCUAUUGCUGUUUUACUGCCUGCCCUGAUCCUUUGCCUGUUUGACUACAUUACUGCCCUGUCUCUGAUAUUGUUGGUUGCCCUGGUUAUUUUACCCAUGCCUGUUUGUUCUCUGAACUUGUUGUGUUAAUAAACCGCACAUGGAUC